UUACUGAAAAAUUGCCUACUUUCUCAUUUUUACCAAAUAAUUAUAAAAUAUAUCGAUUGGAACAUAACUAUUUCAGUGUGAUACUUGAGCAUCUUUUUCAAUAGAGAGCCUUGUGAUUCUGGUAGGCAGUGAAGUGACAGCAAGAUUUAGGUUUUUCUUCCCAUUAAGUAUAUUCCUAUUCUUUGUCUUGGUGGCAGACAUAGCCGAAAAUGAGACUGCACAAAUAUAUGUUGAUGCAAAAGAAAACAGAACAUCCAGAGCAUGGUUCCCAAGGUUAAUGUACUCUUUCUGUACUAAACACCAGAACUAGGUUAGUGUGGAGUCAUUAAACUUCAUUUGCAGACUGUGGUCUGAGGAGAACUCAAGAAGAUUUUCUUGCUGCCUGGCAGACGCGUUACUGCUGGUAACAUCUGAUCAGAUGAUUGGGUUUCUUACCCAGUUGAGUUGAGCUGAGUUGGGGAAUGAGUUGAAUGUUGGGGAAAUAAUUUUGCUGUGCUCAAUUUCCCCUGUUCAGAUCUCAUGAAGCACUGGAAAACAGGUAAAGUCUUUGUAUCGACAUUUGGACUUCCAGAAUUUAGUUUUAUUGAUAUAAGCUUUCGCUUUAUCAUAGAGAUUCAGAUUGUUAGCGUUGUGGCCUUUCAUGGACAAUUUAGAUCAUUCAGUUUGCUAAAUAUAGUUGCGAGAUAGGCAAGUUGAGCUAACCACAGAGUGCUGUUAAACACAGAAGCAAGAGGGGAUUAAUUAUCAGAAAAAAACAUGUUAACUUCUGUGCAUAAUUCAAACUAUCUGUCAAGUACUUUCCCUCUUGAAAGCCAGUGAACCUCUGUGUGAAGCAACAGUUGCUGAUGUUCUGACUCCAUCUCUUUACAAGAAUGUGAAACAGGUUUUUAAACCAUACCAGGCAUCCCAGCAUGAUAUGUGUCGCUUCCACUCGGAGGAUUAUAUAGACUUCCUGCAGAGGGUGAGUCCCAACAACAUGCAAGGAUUCACCAAGAGCCUCAAUGCCUUCAAUGUGGGUGAUGACUGUCCAGUGUUCCCAGGCCUUUUUGAAUUUUGCUCUCGCUAUACUGGGGCCUCACUGCAGGGAGCAACGCAACUGAACAACAAGAUCUGUGAUAUUGCAAUAAACUGGGCUGGAGGCCUGCAUCAUGCCAAGAAGUUUGAGGCUUCUGGGUUUUGUUACGUCAAUGACAUAGUUAUCGGCAUUCUGGAGCUGCUCAAGUAUCACCCACGUGUUCUCUACAUUGACAUUGAUAUUCAUCACGGAGAUGGUGUUCAGGAGGCCUUUUACUUGACAGACCGUGUCAUGACAGUAUCUUUUCACAAAUAUGGGAACUACUUCUUCCCUGGUACAGGUGACAUGUACGAGGUUGGGGCAGAGAGUGGCCGCUAUUACUGCCUCAAUGUGCCACUGCGAGAUGGCAUUGAUGACCAAAGUUAUAAACACCUCUUCCAGCCAGUCAUUAACCAGGUGGUGGACUACUACCAGCCCACAUGCAUAGUGCUGCAGUGCGGUGCUGACUCCCUGGGUUGUGACCGUCUGGGUUGCUUUAACCUCAGUAUAAGAGGACAUGGGGAGUGUGUGGAGUAUGUAAAGAGUUUCAACAUCCCCCUUCUGGUGCUGGGAGGAGGUGGCUAUACCGUUCGUAAUGUGGCACGAUGCUGGACCUAUGAAACGUCGCUGCUUGUGGAUGAAGCAAUUAGUGAGGAACUCCCAUAUAGUGAAUACUUUGAGUACUUUGCUCCAGACUUCACCCUCCACCCAGAUGUCAGUACAAGAAUUGAGAACCAGAACUCUAGACAGUACUUGGAUCAAAUCAGACAGACAAUAUUUGAGAAUCUGAAAAUGCUGAACCAUGCCCCCAGUGUCCAGAUCCAUGAUGUUCCUUCUGACCUGCUCAGUUAUGACCGUGUGGACGAGCCUGAUCCAGAAGAGAGAGGCUCUGAGGAGAACUACAACAGGCCUGAGGCUUCUAAUGAGUUCUAUGAUGGUGACCACGAUAAUGAUAAAGAAAGUGAUGUCGAGAUCUGAGGGCUGAGUUGUUGGACUCUGAACUGUGGGGUGGUCGCUAUUAAAACAUUGGUGCUUGGUGGAGAUGACUGGGAUACACGUAAGCCAGUAAAAGGUCUCUUCUUGGACCUUCCCUUUAUAUUUGAUGCAUGUGGCAGCAGGAGCAGCACUGCCGGGGCAGGCUGGCUAUCUGUGGAGUCAUAGAGCAGUGAAACCUAUUCCUUACCUUCUCCAAUCCCUCAGGGCUCUGACUCUCACCAUUAGGGCAAAUGGAAAUUCAUGUGACACUUGGAUCCACACCAUGGUCUCUGUGCUGCUGCCAUACAACCAGUUUCAGAGCCCAGUCUGCAGUGGCUUCUCCAGCUCCUCUCAGUACAGCUCAGGCUCCAGCCAGAGAGAUGGGAGUCAGUGCUGUGGUGCCUAGAAUCUCCCUGUCCCCUUCAUCAGCACCACUCAGUGUGUCCUUGUCCCUCUGCUCAGGCAAAAGAUCUGAAGUCCUCUGAAACCUGCAGUGAGGUUCACUUUCUGCCAGCUUUUCCAGCCAUCCUAAGUUCCUGUAUUUGGAGAAACCCAGUAAAGAGGCAAGAUCAGUUCUGGGGUUGAGACUUGGGCAAGGGGUGAGACUGGGCAGUUCUGGGUCCAACCUGGUAGAGCAGGGAGGGGAGAAUAUAUUCAGAGUGUAGCCUUUGUCUUACUCUGGAGUAGCUUCGUUCUUGGUCUGCUGACAAGAACCACAGCUAUUUGCCAUAUUUGGUUUUGUCCCAAGCUCCCUAUCUAGAUUUUUCCCUGAGACUCAAAUUACUUUGGAGCAGAGGGUGCAGGGGUUGGUUGCAGGGGGCUGUGCCAUACCUGGUGUGGUGCAUUCCCACUUCUGUUGUAACCUUCAGACACCUUCUCCUCCCCUAGCCCAGGCCCUUUUAUACAUCGAUAGAGAAUUUGGGGUGAAUCACAUACCCUGAAUGGAAGGCCUUUCCCCUCACUGACAAUCUGGAAGAAUUCAUUCUGUUCUGUGGUGAGGGAAGUGGCGCCUGAAGCUGAAAAGAUGAGCUUUUCUACCCCUACCACAGUGUAGGGACCUUUCUCCUAGGGAGUACCCUCAAUCCCGAAUGCUCGGUCUGAGCCUGGGGGCUCGUGCUGUCUGUGUUUGGAGAAUUUUGUCUUAGCUGGGGAAAUGGAAUGGGCAUCAGCCUCCUGCUCUCUGUUCUUUUCUGUUUGUUUUACCAAUGUUUUUAAACAAUAAACCAAGAUGGUAUUUUUCGUA